UUCUAUUCCUUCCACUUCUGCACGUGCAUAGAUGACGUGCGUCUAUAUAAGUAAACAUUUUGCAUUUGCCAGCAUCAGAAGGCUUUUUGACUUUGAAAAGGCGAUUGAUUGUCUUUGGCAAGUUUAGUUUCUCUUUCUGACUUUCCCACAUUUGUUUUGGAAUAUCUGUUUAACGUUUCACAGUCUAACUUGAUCUGUGAUAAUCUGGUGCUUUACACAACUGUACCUAAAAAACGUUAUCAAUGCAGCUCUGGUCAAAAGGUGAUAUGCAUUCCGCCACAGUGUCUCCUGAAUCUUCUUGAUACUGUACCUGUUGUCACAGUGUUGUGCAAAUUUGCUCUUGCAUCACUUCUGUGCAACCACGAUAAGCUGACACAGUAGUAUUUUUUCGAAUCUAGUUUUUUGUGGUUUACGUGUUUGAAAACUCGCAUCCCAUUGCCGCAAAUGUCUGUGGGCUGAUCCCACGGCAAACUGGAGUCGUGGAGUCUUUCUAGUCUUUCCCUUGUGGACGCUGUGGAUCAGCAAUGGUCCUUGGAAGUUUCCGACCAUGUCGGAAUUAUGCAGCACUUUUCUCGAUGAGAAAGCGAAUCCCGUCCGGAUGUAGGUGGCUGAAGAGUGCUACAGCUGCCAAAAUCAUCGCAUCGACCAUGGAUCAGAUCCAUCCCACUCCGGCUCCUGUAUUGUUGUACGAUGAGGAUGCUGUGCCUGUGUUCCAGCCAGAAAAAGUCGUCGUUCUCUCCAAAAUCACGCGCUAUGAAUUCGAACGCAAACGCUAUCCCCAUCUUAGCGAUCGUCAGCUGGCUGAAAAGUUAGCACAAAAGGGCUCCGAUUAUUAUACACUGAGAGAACUGAAUGCCUAUCACAAAAAUCAAGCUGACAAAAUCGUUCGCACAUUAAGGAACAAAGGUAUCGAAACCCAUAUUGUCAAUCGCUACGAAUAUGGACCGGAAGUGAUUGAUUGGGCGGAUGCGAUUAUUAGCGCCGGUGGAGACGGAACGUUUCUGCUGGGCGCUAGUAAGAUCCGCAACUGCCAGAAGCCAUUAAUUGGCAUCAAUACUGAUCCUCGCAGAUCGGAGGGUUAUUUGUGCCUGCCAAAGGCAGCAUCUCUCAACUUCUCAGAAUCUCUGGACAAACUAAUGAACGGCCAGUUCAGAUGGUUUUAUCGGCAGCGUAUACGGAUACAGCUGUCCGGUCCCAGCGCCUUGGAAACUCCUGUGGAGUUACAUGAACAGGAGCUGAAUUUUCCUGAACACCGCUUUGCGGAUUGGGCUGUCGAAGACGCUGUUGAAUUUGCGGAUGCCUCGCGAGAAUGCAGUAGGCGGGAUGUGUCGGUUGCUGGAUCGAGAAGUUCUAAUUCUCGCCUAUUGCCGGAAGUGGCCUUGAAUGAAGUGUUUAUUGGCGAAUCGUUAUCAUCGAGUACUUUCCUCUGUAGGGUCUCGUAUUAUGAGAUUUCUCUGGAUGAUGCCCCCAGUGUAAAACAGAAGAGUUCAGGCGUUACCAUUUGCACUGGAACCGGCUCAACAUCAUGGUCAUUUAAUAUCAACAAACUGACGGAGCAGGCGACUGCUUCCAUACUCAAAAUUGUACGUGAGUCUAGUGAUCUUCCCGUCCCAACCGAAUCCGAAUUUGUCAAAAGUGUAACGAAGACGUUCAACGACGAACUAAUCUUCGAUCCCAGCGAUACACGCCUGGUCUGCACUAUACGGGAUCCUGUGUCGAAUUCCAUUUAUGGUACCAGUAAUCCGCGCGGCUUUGUGAACAAAGUCGUCGUAAAAUCUCGAUGUUUCGAUGCUUCCCUGGUAAUUGACGGUGGCCCAUCGUAUAAAUUCAAUGAUGGCGCAGAAGCUAUUCUCACCACCCACCCGGACGAUGCGCUGCGAACGGUUCAGCUCUUGUAAAUAGUCUGCAUACGUUUUAUGUGUGCGUAUAUAUUUAUGGAAAGUACAAAUGCAAUAUUUUGUUGAAUUCUCGAUAACAAUGUUGCCUCUAGUGUUGUGCAUGUACAGUUGUAUAUUUCGAGUGGAUGACAUUUGCUCACUAUGCUGGUAUUGUAUUUAUGUUAACUGGAGCUUUCAUUUUAUACGUAGUAUUAAUGUUAAUAGCACAAUGGGCGCAGUUUGCUUUGCAUGCAAAUUGAAUUUGAACAACGCUUCGUAAAUCAGAACACAAUAAAGAGUAAAA